AUGAAGCUGAGCCGGCAGUUCACGGUGUUCGGCAGCGCGGUCUUCUGCGUGGUGAUCUUCUCCCUGUACCUGAUGCUGGACCGCGGCCACUUCGACCAUCCGAAGAGCCCCCGGCGGGAGGGCACCUUCCCCAAGGGCCAGCUUUCAAUAUUGCAAGAAAAAAUAGAUCAUUUAGAGCGCCUGCUGGCAGAAAAUAAUGAGAUUAUUUCAAACAUACGUGAUUCUGUGAUCAAUCUGAGUGAAUCAGUAAAGGAUGGACAAAAAAAUCCAGAGGCUAUAAACUUCAGUCAAGGAUCUCUUUCUGAGCUGUUCCCUUCUGCUUCAGUUUUGCUUGCAGUUGAUUCUGAGGAUUGUUUGUUUGCUUCAAAAAGUGGAAGUCACAGUUCAGGUGUACAGAUGCUGGAUGUCUAUGACAUUCUUCCUUUUGAUAAUCCAGAUGGUGGCGUUUGGAAACAAGGAUUUGAUAUCACAUACAAUGAAAAUGAAUGGGACAAUGAACCACUUCAAGUUUUUGUUGUGCCUCACUCACAUAAUGAUCCAGGUUGGCUGAAGACUUUUGAUGAUUACUUCAGAGAUCAGACACAGCAUAUUUUAAAUAAUAUGGUUAUAAAACUGCAAGAAGACAACCGAAGGAAAUUUUUAUGGUCUGAGAUUUCUUACUUUUCCAAAUGGUGGGACGGAAUAGAUAGCCAAAAAAAGGAUGCUGUUAAAAGGUUAAUAAAAGAUGGACAAUUUGAAAUAGUAACAGGAGGGUGGGUCAUGCCUGAUGAAGCUUCUGCUCAUUAUUUUUCUUUAAUUGACCAACUGAUAGAAGGACACCAGUGGCUAGAAAAGAACCUUGGAGUAAAACCAAAGGCUGGAUGGGCCAUUGAUCCAUUUGGGCAUUCACCAACAAUGGCCUAUCUUCUGAAGCGCACAGGAUUUUCCAAUAUGCUUAUACAGAGAGUUCAUUAUUCAAUAAAAAAACAUUUUGCAACAAAAAAGACACUAGAAUUUUUUUGGAGACAGAACUGGGAUUUGGGAUCCAGUACAGAUAUUCUUUGUCAUAUGAUGCCUUUCUAUAGCUAUGAUGUUCCUCAUACUUGUGGCCCAGAUCCGAAGAUCUGCUGCCAGUUUGAUUUCAAACGGCUUCCUGGAGGAAGAGUAAGUUGCCCUUGGAGAGUCCCACCAGAAACCAUUCAUGCUGGAAAUGUUCAACACAGGGCUUGGAUUAUAUUAGAUCAAUACAGGAAGAAGUCAAAACUUUUCCGUACGAAAGUUCUGUUAGCUCCACUUGGGGAUGAUUUCCGCUAUGCUGAGAGCUCAGAAUGGGAUCAGCAGUACCAUAAUUAUCAGAAGCUGUUUGAUUAUAUGAAUUCUCGUUCUGAGUGGCAUGUUAAGGCCCAGUUUGGAACUUUGUCUGAUUACUUUGAAGCUCUGCGCAGAGAAAGCAAUUUGGGUGAAAAGAGCAGCAAUUCACUUUUUCCUGUUGUAAGUGGAGACUUCUUCACCUAUGCAGACAGAGAUCAUCAUUACUGGAGUGGAUACUUUACAUCACGACCCUUCUAUAAACGCCUGGACAGAGUUUUGGAAUCCUACAUAAGGGCAGCUGAAAUUCUUUACUACUUGGCCUUAGUACAGUCCAGUAAGUCUGAGAAGAUGAAUGUAUUUCCUUCUGUGGAUAACUAUAAAUUGCUGACAGAAGCUAGGAGGAACCUUGGCCUCUUUCAGCAUCAUGAUGCUAUUACGGGAACAGCCAAAGAUUGGGUAGUUGUGGAUUAUGGCACCAGGCUUUUCCAUUCAAUAAUGAAUGUGAAGAAAGUGAUAAUUGACUCUGCUCAUAUUCUUAUCCUAAAGGACAAAAGUGCUUAUGAUUAUGACACAGCAACUCCAUUCCUGAAGAUGGAUGAUAUUCAGGCUUCUCAAGAUUCUUUGCCACGCAAGACAGUUAUAAAGCUGACAUUGCAACCAAGAUACCUUUUGAUAUAUAAUCCUACAGAACAAGAGCGAUUUUCAGUGGUUUCAGUCAAUGUGAAUUCACACAGAGUUAAAUUAUUGUCUCCUUUGGGAAAACCUGUUCCAGUCCAGAUUAGUGCUGUUUGGGAUGGAGCAACUACAGUAUCACAUGAAGCUUACCAGAUCUCUUUUGUAGCACAUCUACCACCUCUUGGCAUUGGACUUUACCAGCUUUUGGAGGAUGAGAGUUCAGAAGCAGUUCUAGCUGACUAUAACAUAUAUGUAAGGAAUAGCAGACAGGAAAACACAGAUAGAGUUUUCAAGAUCAAAGAGAUGCAGCAUUCUGUGGAUAAUAUAAUCUUAGAAAAUGCACACAUGAAACUGUGGUUCUCUGGAAUGUCUGGAUUACUGGAGAAAAUAAAUACCAAAGAGGAUGGUAAAAAUCAUCAAAUGAAGGUGGAGUUUGCUUGGUAUGGAACUACCAGUAACCGAGAUAAAAGUGGAGCUUAUCUCUUCUUACCAGAUGGAGAUGCCAAGCCUUAUAUUUUUACAGACCCACCUACCAUAAGAGUUGCUCAUGGAAAAAUUUUCUCGGAAGUUGUUUGUUUUUUUCACCAUGUGACACAUACCAUGCGGCUGUAUAAAGUCCAGGGUUUGGAAGGUCAGUCUGUUGAAGUUUCCAAUAUUGUGGACAUUAGAGGAGAAUAUAAUCGCGAACUUGCAAUGAGAAUUUCAUCUGACAUAAACAGUGAAAAUAGAUUCUUUACUGAUCUUAAUGGAUAUCAGAUCCAGCCUAGACUGACAAUGAGCAAGUUGCCUCUUCAAGCAAAUAUCUAUCCCAUGACUACCAUGGCUUAUAUCCAAGAUGUUGGCGUUCGUUUGACACUUCAUUCAGCUCAGUCUCUAGGUGUUGCAAGCUUGAAAAAUGGUCAGCUGGAAGUGAUCAUGGAUCGUCGGCUUAUGCAGGAUGACAACCGUGGCCUUGGACAAGGUGUUCAAGAUAACAAGAUUACAGCGAAUGUCUUCCGACUGCUGCUGGAAAGAAGACAUGGAACAGAUGUGAAUGAAGAGAAGGCACCAGUCAGUUUUCCAUCACUUCUUAGCCAUAUGACUUCUCUUUUCUUAAAUCAUCCUGUAAUUCCAAUGACAACAAAUGCAGAUUCAGGUGUCCCAGAGCUGAUAAAUACUUUUUCUCCACUGAUGUCAUCCAUGCCUUGUGACAUGCAUAUUGUCAAUCUGAGAACAAUCCAAGCAAAGGUAGAUACCAAACCAUCUGAUGAAGCUGCUCUGAUUCUUCACAGAAAGGGAUUUGAUUGUAGAUUUUCAAACAGAGGCAUGGGUCUUCUCUGUUCCACUACUCAGGGAAAGAUAAAGGUGCAUAAACUCUUUAGCAAAUUCAGAGUGGAAAGUCUUACACCCACAUCAUUAUCUUUGAUGCAUUCACCUCCAGAUGCCAGAAAUAUAAGUGAAAUAAAUAUGAGUUCUAUGGAGAUAAAUACGUUCCGGAUUCGGCUGAGAUGAAAUUCUGCUUUAAUACUGAGAUAGAGAAGAGUCUGCAAAUGUAUCUCCUCUGAGUUUCCUGUGCAAUAAGAGGCACAUUAAUGUUAUUCCAGCUUCUGGAUACUGUGAGAAGAAGAUGCAUUCUAUAAUUUUUUUUUUUUUUUUUUUACCAA